GUGGUAGAGCACCAGACACAAGGUGCGUGCGUAUACGAUGCAAUAUUGACAGAACCACAAGGUGCGAUCUUCCAAACUUCUAAGUUGAGGUCGUGGGAGAGUCAUGAAAAAUACUAAUGAGAGCCCCGUUAUGGUAUCUGCCCCCUAUAUGAUGCGUUCCUCCAGUAUCACUCCGCUAGCUCUUUUUCAAGUAUCUCACUCUGUCACAUGUGAUUGCUUGCAUAAUUUACUGUAAAUCACACAGCAAGCAUGUCCCCCGGCCUAGAGGUGAUGAUCCACUUCGCAUCUCUCUGCCCCAUACUGUAUAUUUUCAUUGAGAAGCAAUUUCACCACAGUAUAAUACUUCUGUCUACACAAGCAACAAGAAUCAAUGAUAGAAGAAUGUAACCUAACAAAAUGGUUCUUUAGUGGCAAAUAAAUAUGGCCGAAAGAAAGUAUAAUAUUCAUGACUCAGGAUAAAAGAUAAGGACAUGGAAAUAAUCUACUAUAUUUACGGUACAUAUAUGGUUAUACUGCAAGUAGAUCUGUAUUUACAGUAAUUGCAUUAGAUUGGCUGAUACAGACCAUAACAGAACAGCAGACACUCUCAUGCUCUGUGUAUUGUACUUUCACAGCCAAAGAGAAAGACAAACCACAGGACAAAAAAGGUUAGUAGGACCAGUCCAGGAAAAGACAAGUCCUGCAAUGUUGUUUGUAAUACUGUUGAGAGUUUAUAUUGCUUCACAUGUUGCAGUUAUAACUAAACUGUUCAAAAUAGAUAUACGCAGAUGUACAUAUAACAUAUACAAAGUAUUUGUGUGCCAUCAGAUGCUAUCAGUUAAUUUUAGCUGUCAUUAUGGUGUGUACUUAUGUUCUCUUGCUAGCUGGGACUGCCAUAAAGGAGAAGAGAGUGAAAGAGACAGCCAAACCACACAUCAAAUCAGAGGACAAAAAAGCCAAACCAAAAGACAAAGCAGAGGACAAAAAAGAAGACAAAGUGAAGAGGAAGAAGGAGGAAAAGACCACUGUUGAGGAAAAGGCCAAGAGGGAAGAAACAGAUAAAGAUGACAAUGUCUCAGUCCCUGCGAAAGAGCCUGAUACUGCCACUGCUGACCAGAAGAAGCCAGGCAAGAUCCCCUACUUCCAGUGUGUUGUGUACCCCGGCAAGUCCAAGCAAGGCCAAGGAGGCGCUCCCUGGAGACCCCUCGGCCCAAACAUGACCCCAGCGAUGACCACCGCCAUGCGGGCAGCCAUGGAACAGAGGGCUUCCCUCAUGGAGGCCAGAGCCAGGGCAGGGGGACAAUAGUAAAAAACAACCACAGCCCUUCCGGACAUCAACUCUUC